CGAAAACAUGGCAGCACCCGAGACAGACGUGCCGAACUUACUCGGCGAAAAAUCGACACCCGCUAAGAUUGAGGAGUUGUCCAGGGAGGUGGUCAGAAAUAAAAGAUAUUGGGUUCGGGAAAAGAAACAACAUUUAUUGCAUGAGGAAUGCUCCUUUAUAUUUGCUGUUUGCCUCUUUCAUGUUUGAGAUAUAGCUUUCACCUGUCUGUGCUACCUACGUCUGGAGGUGUUUGUCCCUUCCUCUGCUCUCUCCAGUGCUGAGGAUCAUGUGAUAAGGUUUGGUGAUGGGUGAUGUCAUGGAGGCCGGGUGUGAGGAAGAGAAAAUUAAUGCAAGAAAAUUUGUGAAUAAACUGCAUGGCAAGUCCAUCUUCCAACUUCUCAAACCAGGAUAAUGAAAACUUGGCUGAGAAAUGUACAGAACUUCUGCAAGGAUCUGAAAGUGACAAAUCUCAAGCUGCUAUCCCCUCUCUGCUCACAUCCAAGCUUCUUCCUGACCCCAGCAUUAUGCCUGAGGAGAGACAGUCCAUUGUUAAAGGGAACAUCUCCGAGAAACUUCUUCCAGAUCAAUGUGUGCUUCCAGAGGAGCCCCGCCCACCGUGGAAGGGGACGCUGGUGCAGUGUGCCAAACUUUGGUCAUAUCUCUCAGGCAUCUCCACCUUUGAAAGAGCCAACAUGUUGAGGAAAGGAAGAGAAGUACAUAAGAUAUAUGUUGACGUUAUCAAAGGAAAGACAUUCCUGGACGACCAGUUCUCCUACACCGAGUUUGGUCGAAUGGUGCUACAGAAUGGGACUAUCAGGGCAGGGCGAGCUAAAAAUGCCAAACAGAUUGUAGUAGCCAGGGAGACUCUGUACUGUAGUGGGUCCGGGGCUUGUAAGCGGGCCUGUGGGGGAUAUGGAGAAUGUAUUGCAGGUUGUGAAAAAACCAAAAUGAGAGGACACAAGUGCAGUUACCGAGUGAAACUCACCAUGCGCUUGGGAUAUGUCAACCAUUGGUUUGUGGAAGUGCUUGGAGAUCAUGAUCAGUUUGGGUCCAUAAAUGAUUCUGUCCCCACACCUUCAAGUUUAUCUCCCAGCAUUCAGAAAGGAGAGAAUGGUGAUGGCUCCCUAAACAGUGAUCUCAAUAAGAUGCAUACCAAAACAUCCUCUGCUAAUACUUCACAUCAUCUGAACAGCCCUGCUGAUUCUUAUGUGACCAUGGUACCCCAAGGUACCAUUGCCAUGCCUAAUUCCUUGCCAAAUAAUUUUCACAGUGUUUUACCAAAUACUAUUUACACAACCCCAUCUAUGAAUUUGCCAGUAAACUUGCCGGUUCUUACCCAACAAGCCAUUAUUCCUUCACAAAAUUUGCCAUUAUUCAUGACUGCAGGGACAAAUAUUCAAAGAGAUUCUGCUUAUAUGGGAAUGGUGAUGUCAGAAUUCAGCCAACAAGAUGUGCCACUUCCAUUGGUGAAAAUGAAGAAAGAACCCAUGGACAAUGGUUAUGAUAAAACAAGUCCUACAGACUCUUCUGAGUCCAAUUCUUUAGAUAGCUUUCAUUCAAACACACCAAGAAUGUCUGUUUCAAGCAGGGCCAAAGCAAGAAAAAAAUUUACUCCCUAUCAGUUGAUUAACACAUCACUCAAAGAGAACCAAACCAAACAGGAUCUUGCUGAUUCCACAACAUUAUGUAAUAGUGACCACCAGAGUGUUCACCGCAAUGGAAACCAAAGAGGAACAUCCGAGACCAGGGUAAGACGUGAGCUUAGGGACUUGGUCGCCAAGCGUGAGCUGGACCGCUGUCUGGGAGUUCAGACCAACCAAAACGAUGAGGAAAUAAGUGACAGCUUACGACAGCUGAUUUCAGAGGGGGAGAUUGAGAAUGGAUACACCUACAUUUGGGAUGAGGAUCUGACAAUGGAAAAUGGAAAAGCUGAUAAGGAUUUGAUGACCAGAGUGCGCCAGCUAGAGUCUCACGUGAAACAGUUAAGAAAUGUGGUGCUCAAGGGUCAGGGCGAAGGGCAGGUCAAGAAAAAAGCCAAAGGCAGAGAGUUUGAUUUUAAGAAAUACAACACUCGACACAUUGCCCUGAAGAUCCUGUACUUAGGCUGGGACUAUCAAGGCUUUGCAGCUCAAGAAGACACAGACAAAACCAUAGAAACAGCACUGUUUGAAGCCCUCCUUAAAACCAAGCUGAUCGAGUCUAGGGAAACCUCCAACUAUCAUCGCUGUGGGCGAACAGACAAAGGUGUCAGUGCCUUUGGACAGGUAAUCUCAAUUGAUGUCCGCUCCAAUCUCCUAGAGGGAACAGGAGUGAAAGUCAGGGAAGAUGGCACAGCACAUGAACGUCCAGGUGACAAGACAUCAGAAUUGCGGUAUUGUUUUCUACUGAAUAAAGUCCUUCCCCCAGAAAUCAGGUGCCUAGCUUGGGCUGCUGUUGAUCCGAAAUUUAGUGCUAGAUUUGACUGUAAGAAGAGGACAUACAAAUAUUUCUUUCCCAAAGGAAACUUGAAUAUACAGAUGAUGCAAGAAGCAGUGGAUAAGCUGAUUGGUGAACAUGACUAUAGGAACUUUUGUAAAAUGGAUGUUGGUAAUGGAGUUGUAAACUACACCAGGAAAAUUGUCUCGGCUGAAAUUUCCGCUGUGGAUGAAGGAGAAGAGGGCUACCAACUGUGUGAGUUGACCAUCGUAGGCCUAGCAUUCCUGUGGCAUCAGAUCCGCUGUAUUGUUGCUCUGUUGUUCAUGAUAGGGCAGGGGAAAGAAAGACCUGAGAUCAUUGAUGAUUUGCUGGAUGUGGAAAAGAACCCUAGAAAACCUCAGUACAACAUGGCCUCUGAGUUGCCAUUAAAUCUUUUUGAUGCUGAAUUUGCAGCAGAUGUGGAAUGGACUUAUGAAGCAGAUUGGCAUGAAGAGAACAUCAAGCAUUUGCAGCAGAUCUGGGCACAGCACAUUAUCAGGGCAUCAAUGAUCAGGAGAAUGUUAGAAGACAUGGAUAAGGCAAAGGUUGAAACAGACAGUGAUAUUGCACCUUGGGCUGACUUAAGUGGUCCUGUCUGUAGCCAAGCUGAUUGGAUUGUUCCUUCAAAGGGCAAAAUUCACAAACCUCUCCUUGAAAGACAGCUAUGUGACAGUUUAGAGGAUAGAAUGGAGCAUUAUGCCAAGAGAAGAAAAAUUUCUACAACACCCAGCACAGAGGAGACUUGAUAAGCAUAUCAAGACAUGGACUAUGAAUGUUAAAAAUACAGGUCUGCUUUGGCUCAACUUAGUGGGUCAAAAAUAAAUGUUGAGUUGUACAGGAUGUUUAUUCCAAGAGAUGAAGAAUUCAUUUCAUGACAGGGCACAAUGUGACUUAUUGUUUGUGGUUAUGUAUUGGAAAAUAUAAGAAAUUGAUUUGUUUAUUUUGUUUGUUAUUUAGAAUUAGUUGAAGGAUUAACAUUUCCCAAUUGACAAUAUUUGGGACAUGGUUGAGUGUUAUUUAGUAGUCAUUUUCAUUCAGUGAAAUUUCAUUUGUUUGUCAGAAGGUUUCAAUGUUUAUCAAAGAUCCUGUUAAGAUGUAGUUGUUCGUUUUUUUUCUUUUCAGGAAAUUUCCUUUUAUGAAUAUUUCUGUAAAUUUUCAAAAAAAAAAUUUUUUUAUGUUUACGCAAGAAACUAUGGCAUGGUUUUAUGUGUUUAUGAUAGACAGUGGUCAAUGUCUGAAGAAAUAAACUUUUUGAAAGAUAAACACAUGUUGACGUUGGUGGAAGCAGAAAUGGUGCUGUACUGUGAAUUUGCUUUAGAUGGGCUUAUAAUGAUUUAUGUAUGUUUACUUUCAUUCUUUUACAACCUUCAAAAGUGGGUGCCAUAUUGAAUUACAGUAUUUUAGUUACUUACAUACUGUUAAUUUAGAAAUGGGGAUGUGUUCAAUGUAUUGUCACAGCCAAUUAAAAGUGAAAUUACAUAUGAUGAUAUUUACUAAAAUAUUUUAAAUGUAUAUGUCAUGUGGAAAGGAAUUUGGGUUUUGUUUUCAUAACUAUUUUUUUCAAUGCCAUAAUGCUGCCACAGAUUUGAUUUUCUAGUCAUUGGAUUUUGUCUCCAAGAUAAAAGGUUGCACUUAAAUUAUAUGACUUUACACGCACGCACACACACACACACAUAAAUAGUUGACAUUUUUAAAACAGUCCAAUUUUAUAACAGUGUUAUUUGAUAGAAAUUAUUUUAUGAGUAUAGAAUAGAUUUUUUUUUUAAAAUUUAUAAUAAUUUUUUAUUUUAUUUUUGAAAGAAAAUUGAUGGUGUUGAAUACUCUAUGAGCACUGGAAAUAUUAGAUAAGGUUUGUGGAACAUACUGAUACAAUUUACUUGGCAAUAACAAUAUUCUCAACAUCAAUGUUCAUUGAAAUAUUUUGUUCAGUAUAGCAUGUGUAUGAUUUUUAUUUUAUUUUUUCAUAGUUUAAAAGAAAAUUUUAAUGUUGGUCUACAGGAAUACUCAUAUUCACUCAAGGUGCAUAUUAUCUAUAGUUUUAUAUAUAUACACAGUUUAUAUGUAUUAGUGUUAUUUGAUGUUACAUACUUUAAUUGAAAGAGCUUCCAUGUCAUGUUGUUUGUGGUAGCUGUCAUUACUUGGGUAAGCUUAGUAUUCUCUCUCAACAGUAUAAUUCUAUUGAAUUUGGGGUUUGAGUCAAGGUCUGAUGUUGUAUCUUUUGUUCCAGAUAGAUUUCAAUGAGGAAAUGGAGAUCUGGUUAAUAUUACUUACUCUCUUAUCAGUUAAAUUCUAUUCUUUAUCUGAUUUAUCUUAAAAGUCUGGUUAAUGUCUAUAUCCAGUUGAAAUACCCACAAAAUGUUUACAAACAAUUGUAAGUUUUAGAAAAAGGUUUAUAAUUUGUCUCAACACAAUUUUUGGAAAUAGGAGAGUGAUUAAUAUUUAAUACCUAUAUAGAAUGAGUUGUUCAACUUACUUAUAGCAUUAAAAUAAGAAUAGAAUUUAGAUCAUUGUGCCAAACAUUAAAUUAUAUUUGUUGAUGUAAUGUACUGUAAUUAUGUGUUUAUAUUCAUAUAUUUACAUUGUGUACAUGUGUAUUGAGUGUCCUAGUCGAGGUUUUGGGGUUUUUUCUAUCUGUAUUUUUUUUUUUUUUGGAUGACUUGGAUUGCUAUGAAUUUUGUUAAAAUAUUUAUGUAUUGUAGAGGUGUAUAAUGCCACUCGUCAUUUAAAGGCUCAUAACAAAGCAUUUAAUGUAAGUGAAGCAGGCCACUAUGAGUAGCAAAUGUACCGAAGUACUGGGUUUAUUUAAUGAAUUAAACCUAAAAAUGAAUUCUGAUCCCAGGAAAUUUUUAUAGAUUCAUAGUGUCUUGCAUGAAUUAAAAAUUUCUCUGGUCAUUAUGAAGGAUAGCUUUAUCAGAUGCCUAAGCGAUAACCAAAAUGAUUUUCAUUGAUAGUAAAAAAAAAAUUCCAAAGAAAAUUAUGUUCUUAUUAUACGUUAUACAUUUCAUUUGUUUACAUAAUCAUGUUUAAUGAAAUAAAAUCGUUAAUCUGAUAAAUUUAGAAACUUGAAACCAAAUGAAUUUGUUAUUUUAUUAAAAUGUUCUCUUUUGAAAGAGAAUGUAGCUUUAAAUAGGAAUGUAAUCAUUUCAAAUGAAGAUGGAAAAGAAAGUAUAUAAGGGUAUCACUAACUGAUUGUUAAUAUUAAUAGUGAAUUAUGAGAAAACUCUGGUUCUAGUAAUAUUUUUUUGUUCAAAUGUCACAUCUAUACUUAUAAAAAAAUCUUUAUAAGUACUUUCAAUAACAAUAUGACGAAGUUUUAAUUUUUUGUUGUUCAUAUAUUUCUUGAUAUAUUGUGAUCUUCCACUUAGAAUCAUUUAUAUAGGUUAAGGCUUCCAUGAUGAUUCACUUAAGAGCUGAUGUUGCCAUGCAGACAUUUAUACAUAAAAUUGAAACUCAUUCAAUAAACUGAUGUAAAAUUGUUAUUAUGCAUAUAUUCAAUGGAAUAAACGUUAUUUGUACAUGU